UGUUGUGCUUGAGAGAGUUGUGGAAGUAUUGGAACAAUCGUGUUGCACAGAACUUGAAGACCCAAAGGUAAGAUCCUAGUAUACUGGACCAGUAGUGUAGGAUUAAGUUUUAAAAAAUAAUAAAAAGUAAUGUCGAUCAUUGCUUUGCAGUACAUAUAAUCCAGUGGUUUAUACAAUAAAAAGAUUAUUCUUUCAUUUUCCUAUCGAUAAAAUCUCGUACCUAGACAGUUGAUGUUUACAAUUGGUAAAUCUAGAUCUAGAUCUGGAUCUAAUCAACACAUUUUGAAGGGCUGGAGUAAACUAAGGUAAAGUUAAGAUCUUGAUUUCUUGUAAUUUGUAAUUGCCUAGUGGUCCAGUAAACUAAAAGCUUUAUAUUAUUUUGUUCUUUUAUUCAGGAAAAGAAAAGGGAAAGAAAUCUAGACUUUACUCAUCAGCUGAAACUGUUGACUCACAAACAAUUUUCUGUAAGCGAUUACUGUUUCGCUAUCGAAUUGUUUCCCCGCUGCAGUUAUGAACAACUAAGAGACAUUUUGGUCUUACCAACCACAAGAAAAAUAAAGUCUGUUGUCGAUACAGUCCAUUUGUUAAAAUGCAUUCGAAACAAUUGGAUUACAGAAAAAUCGCAGAGAUUGACACUUGGUAAUAUGACUGUAGGAUCAUUCUCAGAUAUUAAAAAUCUUUAUGAAUUAGAAAAAAAACAGCAUCCUUAAAACCACGCGACUUACAUAUGCCUCUAUCAACCCAUCAAAACUACAACUUCAAAAUGUGCAACAUGUAUUAAGAAUUUUCAAUGAAAAGGUUAUUGCUGGGCUGGCACUGCAAGGGUGUUAUGCCACUGCAGAGUUCAUUCAGUUUGUUCUAAACUGGUGGUAAAGAAAGCAAAAAAUAGAGUUUAUUGUCGUCAGAGACUUGUUGGAAUUCUAUCAACCAUGGGGGAAUUUCCCGACUUCGACAUCGUUCAGUCCAAGAAACUGCUCCGUCAUCUCGCAAGUGUCUUACUCCGCGGUCUGCACAAUCUAGAGAAAUAUCACCAAAAGAAAGCAGCCCUGCUACAGACAUCCAUCAAGAAGGCACGCAUGGCGGAUUGACUUGGUGAAUAAGCCUAAUUCUUCUUGUUGUAUUCGUUAACAUUUUUAAAAUGCUCUUCAUGCUAAUAUUUCUGCAUGACAUAACAAAAAUAUAGAAAUAACAUGUAUUACUAUACUACAAUAUUGCGUUGAACAACAUUACAACAUGUUUUAGCUUUCUCACACUCAAUAUGAAAUGUAUCUUGUGCCUAGUGAUAAGUUGGACAUGUUUAUAUGAUGGCCUUCGCUAGCCAAGUCAGGAAUCCGACGGUGCACGUCCUUGAGUAUAGUAGUCCUUGG